UCAGUCUCGUUCAGCUCAGAUGAAGCUGAGAUGAAUUUGUUUUGCUGAACAAAGUCUGGAUAACCAAGGCUCUGCAAACUAAAGGCAACAAAAGUUUGGGGAUUUUAACUGAGAAAAGGUGAAGCCCUCCUACAGGGGGACCACACCUGGGCGACCAUGCUGGGACAGAGUGUGCGUCUGCAGCCGGUUCCCAUCCAGAGCCUGUCGGAGCUGGAGCGCGCCCGGCUGCAGGAAGUGGCGCUGUACCACCUGGAGGAGAGAGACCUGGACUGUAAGAUCAACAUUCCCAGAGAAAUACGCAAACGAAGAAAGUCCCUCCGCAGACGGUUUGACUCCUUCUCAAAGGAGAAGAAAGAGCGAGAAAAUGCCCCCAAAGCAUUCGGCAUCCCGCUCUCCCAGGCCAUCGCCAACGACCAGGCGUACAAGCGGCGUCAGGACGCCCUGAAGGAGAGCAGGCGCGACUGCCUGGACCUGGAGGCCAGCGUCCUGCGCUUCAGGGCCGAGAAGAGGCAGUUCUUCAACGGGAGCAAACCUCUGGGCAGCUCCUCGUCCAUCACAGGCGGAGUCCCCGGGUCCCCUUCCGCCAACUCGGUGGCUCCGGCGCCGGUGUACGACACGCAGAGCAAAGCGGCGUCACCGACAAUUAUGGACAACGCCAGCCGAGGGCAAAGGAGGGGCGGGCUGUCGGUGGACUGCCUCUCUGACCUCGUAGAGAGUCAGUCUCGCUUGCUGGAGGCGCUGCAGCUGUCCCACCCGGCCGAACUGGAGUUGAAGAAAUCGCCGUCCGAAGGGAGGACCCAGUCCAAGCUGAGCCUCAACCCCAUCUACAGGCAGGUGCCUCGGGUGGUGGAGAGGUGCUGCAGCCACAUCGAGACCUAUGGGCUCCAGACUGUCGGCAUCUUCCGAGUCGGGAGCUCCAAGAAGAGAGUUAGACAGCUGCGUGAAGACUUCGACAUGGGGGUGGACGUCCAGCUGGACGAGGAGCACAGCGUGCACGACGUGGCGGCGCUGCUCAAGGAGUUCCUGCGCGACAUGCCGGACCCUCUGCUGCCCCAGGAGCUCUACCCCGCCUUCCUGCACGCUAACCUGCUGAGAGGAGCAGACCAGCUGCAGUUCCUCCAGCACCUCCUGUAUCUGCUCCCUCCCUGCAACUGCGACACGCUGCUGCGCCUCCUGUCCAUGCUGCAGACCGUGCAGAGCUACGCCCAGGACACCGUAGGGACCAAUGACGAGGAGAUUCCCGGUAACAAGAUGACGGCGGCCAACCUGGCCGUGAUCUUCGGGCCGAACCUACUCCAGAGGGAGGGAGGCGGAGACAUGAGUCCUCAGGCGAUGGGCAUCGAGGACAGCACGGCCAUCAUCAGCAUCACUCUGGUGCUCAUACAGAACUACAGGAGGCUCUUCACGGUGUCUGCAGAGCUUCAGCAGGAAGUCUUGAUGAGUCUGAUCCAGACCGACCCGGAUGUCAUCGAUUAUCUCCUGCGGAGGAAACUCAGUGGCAGCCACCUGACGGUAGAGGGCAGCAGCGAGUCCGGGGGUCGCCGGGACACAGGGGCCUCUUUGGACUCCGUGGGGGCCUCAAGCGGAAGUUUGUCUCCUCUUGAGCCGCCGUCGCCGCUUUUCCCUCCGGAUGGGAGCGGCGGUGAGGGCAGCCUGACCAGCGAGGUCUUCCUCAACGUCCUCAAACUGAACCAGACCAGAAACCGGCCAGAAGGGAGAUUCGGUGAGGCGCGCUCCGCCAAGUCCAUCCGCCACAUGCGACAGUUCCACUCCCACCACAACCUGCUCAGCCUGUCCCAGCCGUCCACCUUGUCCAAGAUGCACAGUCAGGAUGGAGACCCCCAGGACCGGCGGGGUGGCCCGCGGGGCGCCGCCAUGAGCUUCACUCUGGGCAGCGUCGGCGUCAGUGGAGGAAGCUGCUCCAGUCUGAGCGGCUCCACCGAGAACAGCAUCUGGGUGAGGCAGAUGCAGCAGGACGAGGGCAAAUCGUCAUCGGCCGCCAACUUCUGGGACUUUUUUACUGGAAAAAGCUCGAGCUCCGAGACGGUGGUAUGACUAAGGGGAGGGAGGGGACGGGGAGGAGCUUAGAGGGACAACUGGACGAGCUUUGACGUCGAUGCUGUCU